AUCGGAGCAAACGAAGAGCGGCAGUCAUUCAGCGUCCGACUAUCGCGCCGCGCGCACUUCCGCUCAGGCUCGCGGUUUCGCGCUUAUACUUUUCGUGCGAGAUCGCUGUUCAAAUCAUAAAACGAGAAGCGACAUAUUCGCGGUUGUGCUAGAGUUUCAUCCAAGACCGGAGGGAAAAAAAUAGACGGGGAGAAACAGUGACUCCGGAAGAGGAAUUCGCGCCAUGGUCGGUGUCUGAGAUCGAUCCUCCGAGUGUGUAGUGAACGCGCGCGCGAAUUUUUUCCCCGAUUUCGUUCAUAAUUCUACAUCUUGCGAUCUUGCUGCGAGAACCCGCCACACGGAAAGCCGCGAAACAGAAAAAAUGUCGAAGUCAGGGAGCAUCAAAGAUGGCGAGAAGGGUCCCUACGACCCGGUUCCUACUAGCGAAAAAGGUGAAAAGGGCAACGACGAGAUCAAGUUGGAGGCGAAAAUGUCGCUUCUCAACGGCGUUACCGUCAUCGUCGGUUCCAUCAUUGGUUCCGGCAUUUUUGUCAGUCCUACAGGUGUACUCAAGUACACGGGAAGCGUAAACGCGAGUCUUCUCGUAUGGACGGCGUCUGGGAUUUAUUCCAUGGUAGGAGCUUAUUGCUACGCCGAGCUCGGGUGUAUGAUCAGGAAGUCGGGCGCAGAUUAUGCAUACAUCAUGGAAACCUUCGGGCCUUUCUUAGCCUUCGUCAGACUAUGGGUCGAGUGCAUGAUAGUGCGUCCUUGCAGUCAGGCCAUCGUGGCCUUGACUUUCAGCGUCUACGUCCUCAAACCGCUCUUCCCGGACUGUACGCCACCAGAUGAGUCUGUAAGAAUGCUGGCUGUCUGCUGCAUAUGCAUUCUCACUUUCAUAAAUUGCUGGGACGUCAAAUGGGCGACGAGAGUGCAGGAUAUUUUCACGUAUGCGAAACUACUCGCGCUUUUCAUCAUAAUCUUCACGGGAGCCUAUCAGCUGUGCACUGGACACACGCAGCAUUUCACGUUCGACAAUACUAACACGGAAGUUACAUCUAUAGCCCUUAGCUUUUAUUCAGGCUUAUUCGCUUACAACGGCUGGAACUACUUGAACUUCAUCAUCGAGGAAUUAAAGGAUCCCGUUAGAAAUCUACCGAGGGCAAUUGGCAUUUCGUGCACUCUUGUUACGGUUGUCUACGUCUUCACGAAUAUGGCUUUCUAUACGACCCUUAGCCCUGUCGAAGUGCUCGGCAGCGAAGCUGUGGCAGUGACAUAUGCAAACAGAUUGUUCGGCGUGAUGGCGUGGACGAUACCAGUUUUUGUGGCUCUGUCCACGUUCGGCGCGGUCAAUGGUAUUUUGCUCACGUCCUCGCGGCUCUUCUACGCGGGUGCCUGCGAGGGUCAGAUGCCGGAAAUAUUGACGAUGAUCCAAAUUUCUAGGCUCACGCCCACACCCGCCAUACUGUGCAUGGCAUUGCUCUCCAUGCUGUAUCUAUGCUCUUCCGACAUCUCCGCUCUCAUCAAUUAUGUUGGCUUCGCCACUUGGCUCAGCAUAGGCGUAUCCGUGCUAUGCCUUCCUUGGCUCAGAUGGAGUCAACCGAACUUGCAGAGGCCGAUCAAGGUGAAUCUUUUCUUUCCGAUCAUCUACAUCUUGGCCACUCUUUUCGUUACUAUAGUUCCGAUGUAUGCCAGUCCCGUUGAAACAGGAUACGGCUGUCUGAUGAUACUCUCUUCUGUACCUGUUUAUUUUGUGUUCAUCGCGUGGAAGAACAAGCCGAAAUUCUUCCAAGAAGGAGUCGUAAGCGCGACGAAGUUGCUGCAAAAGAUAUUGUUGGUAGUCGGCAAAUCGAAACCCGCUCAGGUGUAAUCAGUUAAGACAAGUCGAAUCGAGGUCGAUGACGGACGAUGACGAGCUCUCUUCGAAACAGAAGAUCGGGAAGGAUUUUCGUCAAUCUUCGAAUCGGUGAAGGAUGUACCGGUUUGACAGAUCGAUUAUUUCUUCUCUUCGAGGGAACGGUGUCCUAGGCAACAAGAGACAGCCAUAUUGUGUCAGGGCACCGACAGGGUAGGGAAAUGUCAAAGUGCAGCUCGUCUAGAUCCGGAUCCGCCCGUUCGACUACAAAGUUUCGAAAUAAGGCUGUUGUCUCUCGUUCCACGGCGAAGGGAUAUACGCGAUGACACGACUGCACGCUUUUAAAUUAUAUAUUUUUGUUUAAAAGUUUGCAGUAAGAGAAAUUUUUGAGCUCUUUGAUGUAAAAUAUUAAUUAUAUAAUCUCAAUAUCGUCAUUAUAUAUAGAUUAUAUUAAUAUUGUCGAUAUGGGACAGAGAUGAUUUCGAUACAGUAUCAUGACGUAAAUGUUACUUGUUUUCUAAGCAACAAAUAACAUUCGAAUAUUUCAACGCUUUACUCGAAUAACAGGAUAGAAUAAUUGUAAAAAAUGGAAAUGAUUUAUUAUUUAAAUAUUUUUGAGAUGUGUUAUAACAUAUUGAAUUUCCGCGUUAAACACCGAUCAUGCUAUCACUACUAAAUAUAUAAAAUAUUUUAUUUAUUGUACAUAUGUAUAUCACAUUCGCGCCUGUGUGCGCGAAUUCGACUGCAAAUUUAAAAAAGAUCGCUGGUAUAAAAAUAAUUACGAUCGUGAUUAAAUUUUACUUAUUCAUCUCAUAUUAUAAAGAUUUUAAUUUAAAAAUCAUGAUUCUAUUUAUCAAAUCAAUUUUUUGAAUGAAUUUUAAAUAAGGAAUUUAUGCACAUAUAUGAAUUAUAUUUAUUAUAUAAGCUUUUUCCCUCAAAUUAAACUAAUUGAGCAAAAGACUCAUACUAAUUAUAAAUUAUACACAAUCUGAUGUAUACAUGUAAACAUUAUGACUUAAAAAUUCACGUUUAAGAUGCGUGUAAACUUCGAAAUAACUUACGCGCGAGACACAUAUCGUUCUGAGAUGGAAGGGAAAUACGAGUCUCAUCGCGAUUAUAUCUCUCUCCGUGAGAUGAAUUCUGCGUUAGAACUAGAACGGAAGAGCCGAAUUGUAGAAAGUCCGAUUAGAACGCGCGCCAGAAAGUGGUUGAGAUAACGAUUAAAGCGUCACUGUAAUUAAUUAUUAAUUAAGCGCUGUUUAAGCUAUUAGUUUUACUCAUUGUUAGUCCUGAAGUGUUUCUUCGACUAGACGAUGUUUGCUGUAAGUGUAUCGCGAUCCUCGCGUUAUCUCAACUUCGUUAAUUUCUGGCACUCGUGCGCAAUUUGUAAUUUGUGAACUUUACAACCUUUGAGAGAUUCUACCAUCUGGUUCCAUAUUUACAGGAUAUCGCUUCUUUUAGUUUCACAAACAUCGAUAUUUAAUUUUAUAAUCAAACUAGGGAUGCAAAUAUCCAAAAACGAUAUCGAUAUAUUCGAUAUUAAAACGCUCGUGGAAGAACUAUAUUUGCAGAGACAUUAGUGUUGUUUUUAAUUAAUGAAAAUGCUAAAAUAUAUAUCGCAAUAAUCUUAAAAAGAGCAAGGACUUUAGAAGAUUAAAUUAUUAAAAAAAGAAUAUAUAUAAUACGUAACAAAACUGUGAUUAUAUAUAGAUGCUGACAGCUACUUUUAUUUCUCUGACAUAUUUUUAGCCAAUUUAUUGAAAACAUUAUAGAGAAAAUGUCUGUUUAUAAUGUUUUAUGAAAGUUUUACUAAGAAAAAAUUUAUUUAUUUUAUCUAACUUAAUUUAUUAUUUAUUUUAUGAAAAAGAAAACGAUUUGAUGCGAUAGUCGUUGCAGAAAUAAAUGCCUCGUGUCUUAUUGCAAGGGAUGUAGAAAAUAUUUUGAUAUAUCGUUAAUAAUAUCUUGCAUCCCUAAUAGAGAGAGAAAAAUCUGUGCGCGAAUCACGUGCGUGGAAGAGAUUUAGACUCUUCGUUUCGGCAAAACGCACUUUUAACACACACGAUCGUCUUUUCCGUUUAAGUUAAUUCCUAAUUUUAAUUUAAUCGUAAUAAUACGUCACGUUUCUUCUGUAAGACAGACAGGUUAAAAGUGCAUUUGUUACGCGCUGACACUCGAUUGUCAACGUCGCAUAAUAGUUUUACAUUUUACUGCCACUGGUGAAAAAAUUAUAUGCGUGUGUGUGCGAGUAUGUGUGCAAGUAUAUGUGCUGUAAUAUGGAAAAACGUACGUGGAUCAAUCGAGUGAAGUCGGUCGGCGCGUUUGAUACAGGGCGAAGAAAAUAAAUAGGGAUUAAAAAAGGAUCAAGAAAAAUAUUAAUCUUCUGCUAUUUGGAAGGAGGAAUAAAUAAGAUUAAUUUUAAUGGAGGCAAACUCUUGUAGAGAAAAAAAAUGUCUAAGAAAACGUUCUAUACGUUUAAUGCGAGUCGAAGAAAAAAAGUGACGUUUGCAGGCAAAUUAAUGAAUGAAGAAGUAACUUGAAAAAAUAAUUAUUAGAUGAGUCUAUAAGUUCAUGCAUGCUUUUGAUAAACUUCAACAAUAAAUAAAAAGAUGAAAUACAAUUUAUUUUUUAAAUCAUGAUAUAUAUCUUCAUUUUCGACAAUUAAUUAUUUUCAAUCGCAUGAACUUAUAAACGUUACCAUAACGAUUAUAUUAUUUAUCGAGUCUUUAAAACCCUCAUCUACUCCAAGAUUAAUUACGAAAGAAUCAAAGAGAAGAAAGAAAGAGAGAAAGAAAAGAAAAAAUUUCGUCAUCACAUCGAUUGCAUGAAAAUGUGUUUCCGUUGACAGGAAUAAUUUGUAUGCAUAUUGCUCGAUCUUUGGGCGCGUUUGUGCCUCUCAAGACGUGAUUAUACUUAAGUAGAGUCUCGAUUUUGGUAUAUGAUAUUGAUGGAAGCAGAUAAUAACGCUUAAAGUGAUCGGGGAGCAAAAUUCAUUGAAUAGAAUUUCGUUUUUUCGACCGCUUUACCGUGAUUAGCCAUUUUCAUUCUUAAAUGACGCUUUGUUCUCUUUGGUGAAAGAUCUCUUUUUUUUAUUCGAUGUAAUAUUGUAUACUUUGUAUAUGCUUAGAUCUUUGUUUCUCAGAGCAGAAGAUAAUCUAAGCGCAAGAAACUACACUGUUGCACAUAUCCGUAGUAAAAUUUUUCUAAGACCAAGCUUUUUCUCAGGAUGUUCUCGAGACGAAAAAUCUCGCCUAAUUGAAAAGAGCCGUCUUAACUUCCUACAUAGUUUUAGUUAUCGCAGUAUCGUAUUUAAGAGAGCAGCUCGGCGAUUCGUCCGCUUUAAAAUUUAAAAAAAUUUUGGACAUUUAAAUUAUAUAAAAUAGUUCCUAGCAUAUUAAUCAAAUAUUAAUAAAUUUUUUAUGACAAAAUUCUCAAAACACUUAAGGCAUUAACUUUCUUUCGCGAGCUUGAAUUGUUUCGUCAUAAUGAUCAGACGGAUCGUUGAUGUUACUCGUCAUAAGAAGUGAUAAUUAUAUAAUUCUUCGUCAUUUAGCUAUAUUUUUAUGGGACACAUGUUUCGAGAAUCACAAACACUCAUCAACGCUCCUCAGGAUGCCUGUGGGUACGAAAUUACAUAACAAAAAUGAACUUUAGACUGAAGACUGUUGAACUUUCUCAGCUAGAAUGUAUUUAAGCAAACGUCCUUGAUUAUAUUCUUAAUAUUUGAAACUUUGCCAGUUUUGUUGCCUUUUACUAUGACGAUAAUGAUUCAAUAUCAUAUUAAAGAGCGUGCACACGAAUAUUAUUAUUAACGAGAGUAAGAAUAAGAAUAAUUUUAAUGUUAAAAU